GAGAAAAAAGAACUAAUGAUGGCUGCGUUGAAGAAGCAUAUACAACUUAUGGAGGAGGCGAAAAACAUGCUGGGCUGUGACCGUCACCUGCUUGGUCUUCGGGCUAUUGCUCAAGAUGCAGGGAUGCCUCUUCCUUCACUCUUCAGUGAUGCUGCCUACAUAAAGAGUCUGGGUGGUGGGUACGUCCUGCUUAGUGCACUGAGUGGCUAUACACCAGUCCCAGGGGCAGUGGUUCCCAAGGUGCAUCAUGGCUAUUGCAUCCCAUACAACAUCCAACCAGACAGGAUAACCUACAGUGUGAGUGCCUGGAAGAGUUGUAAGGAGACCAGUGCUGAGAAGAUGUCGGCUAGUAUACAACAAUCCCUCAGGGACAUGCGUCGACUUCUCACUUCUCACUUCUCUCACUUAUGACGUCAUCGGGCACCAUUCACUGACAAUACAACAAUUAUAGCUUUACUAUUUAAUCACGUUUCUAUUGCUACUAUCUAGCAUUCCUGUAUUAGUGUUAUCUCUGUGGUAUCUGUGGUAUCUCUGUUAUUUUUUGUCUUAAAUUCCAAUAUAUGUUUAUUGCAAGUUCU